AUGACGGUUUGUAACAACAGAGAGAAAGCAGGGUUAAAGGAAAGGCCUGAAAGUGCGAACGCAGAUGCUGCUGAGGUGUUUCAGUUUCUGCAAAUCACAAAACCUGUAACUGUUACUUUGGGGUUAGCUCAGGUGAAGGAUGUCCAUACAGCGAUUUGUAGUAUUCAGAGGCCAUUUCCCUGUGUUAGACUUAGACGUUGGACUAUACAAAUCGAUACUCAUUUGUGGCAUCGAUGGAAGACCAAGAUUGGGAUAUUGCAGAUUGUUUCAGAACUGGUGCUGCCGAAAGUGGAUAUUUUUCAGGUUACAAAGUGGAUAGUUUUGCUUAAUUCAAGCUUGAGGUCAAGCUUCAUUUCAACCGAGGGAGUAUACAUGAGAAUAUCUACUUCUCUGUUAAUAGUGGAGGUGCUGAAUUGGUUGUUAUCAACAGCAAGUAAGUUUGAUAUUUUUGAAAGAAAAGCUUGA